AUGUCACCUACGAACGAAGCCGCAUGGAUUCUAGAAGCCAAAGGUGAUCUAAAGCGAUUCACUUCGGCCUACAACACCCCGGCAGAGGGUGAAAUUGUGAUCGAGAACCGGGCUGUUGCGAUACAGCCCUUCGAUGCCAAUGCCCGCGCCCGAGCAUACGUCGAUGUGCCCUACCCAUUUAUCCUAGGCAACGGGGUUGCCGGCAUUGUCCAUGAAGUUGGCCCGUCAGUUACCAAGGUCAAGAAGGGCGACCGCGUCGUGUCUGAUACGCCUGCUUACCAGCUCAAAGAAUCCAAGUACGGGGGCUGGCAGAAAUAUGUUGUGAGCAAAGAAGCAACCACCGCCAAGAUACCAGCAAACACGACUUUUGAGGAUGCUGCUGCAAUACCCUUUUCACUUUUAACAGCUGUUGCAGCGCUGCACUUACGUCUCGGAAUGAAAAAACCUGGAACAAAGGGCAGCGGGAAAACACUAAUCUGGAGUGCAAGCGGAUCCGUGGGGGGGUACGCCGUUCAAUAUGCAGCCAGUCUCGGAUACGAGGUUGUGGCAACCGCUUCCCCGCGGAAAUUCGAGUAUGUUCGUGGCCUUGGGGCCAUUCAGGUUCUCGACUAUAAGGACGAAGAGAUCGUGUCGAAGCUGAAGAGCCUCGGCCCAUAUGAGUAUGUUAUGACAGCCUCAGGCGACGCGAAAGGCGCAAAUUCUUUGAGUGAGAUCAUGCAACCUGGAGGUGGGACAUUUGCCUCUGUCCGCCCACAGAGUGAUGAAAUGCAUCUAGCCCCGAAUGUCCACCUAGCCUACGACUUUUACAGCAUGACUACCCAGAAGCCGGAAAAUGCGAAGUUUGCAGAGUGGUGGUAUAAUGACUACCUUCCCGGAGCUCUGGGCGGAAAUGUAACUCCCACGCCCUGGGAGAAGCGACCUGGUGGCUUGAACAGAAUUCAGGAAGCUGCAACCGACGUCUUGGAAGGGCGGAGCCCUAAAAAGCUAGUUUUGGAUCCCCAGGUGGAUGGCUAG